CGUCAUAAGGCUGCGCCGCUCCUGCAUCUGUUGUGAUUCUGCUGAAGAAAGGACAAACACAGACAAUCUCCUGGUGAAGCGACUGGAAUCCACGUGACACACUAUUACAAAGAUAAUGUUUAUUAAAGAGGAGGUGGAAGACAUAAAGAUUGAAGAAACAUUCAGAGUGAAAGAUGAAGAAACUGAGGAACAAACAGACCUGAUGGCAGUGAAAGAGGAGAGGGAAGUACUGAAGGAAAUGGAAGAGAAAGAUCAAUAUAACAAUCACAACUAUUUCAUUAUUGGGGAAAAGUCAGAUAUAGCACAAAAGACAGGGACUAUAAGUUUUAACAGGCACAUGCAAAUUCACACUGAGAAGCCUUACACAUGUCUUCAGUGUGGAAAGCAUUUCAAUCAGAGAGGACACCUUGAAGACCACAUGAGAAUUCACACUGGAGAAAAGCCUUUCACCUGCCAACAAUGUGGGAAAAGUUUCAACCAAAAAAGUAUCCUUAACAGGCACAUGAUAAUUCACAAUAAAGAGAAGCCUUACACUUGCCAAAUAUGUUGGAAAGGUUUCAACCAAAAAGGGAUUCUUAACAGGCACAUGAGAAUUCACACUGGAGAGAAGCCUUAUACGUACUCUCAGUGUGGAAAGACUAUCGUUCAAGACAGGAACCUUGAAGUGCACAAGAGAGUUUACACUGGAGACAGCCCUUUCACCUGCCAACAGUGUGGAAAAAGUUUCACCCGAAAAGGAAACCUUAAUUACCACAUGAGAAUUCACACCGGAGAGAAGCCUUUCACUUGCCAAAGGUGUGGGAAAAGUUUCAACCAAAAAGGAAUCCUUACCAGACAUAUGAGAAUUCACUCUGGAGAGAUGCCUUAUAGAUGCUCUCAAUGUGGGAAGAGUUUUGAUCAACAUGUACACCUUAAAGUCCACAUGAGAAUCCACACUGGAGAGAAGCCUAACACCUGCCAACAGUGUGGAAAGAGUUUCACCCGAAAAAGAAAUCUUAUAUAUCACAUGAGAAUUCACACUGGAGACAGCCCUUACACCUGCCAACAGUGUGGAAAAAGUUUCAUCCAAAAAGGAAACCUUAAUUACCACAUGAGAAUUCACACUGGAGAGAAGCCUUUCACCUGCCAACAGUGUGGCAAAUGUUUCAAUCAUAAAGGAAUCUUUAACAGGCAUAUGAGUAUUCACACUGGAGAGAGAACUUUCACCUGCCAACAGUGUGGGAAAAGUUUCAACCAAAAAGGAAACCUUAAUUACCACAUGAGAAUUCACACCGGAGAGAAGCCUUUCACCUGCCAAAGGUGUGGAAAAAGUUUCAGCCAAAAAGGAAUCCUAAACAGGCAUAUGAGAAUUCACUCUGGAGAGAAGCCUUAUAGAUGCCCUCAAUGUGGGAAGAGUUUUGAUCAACAUGUACACCUUAAAGUCCACAUAAGAAUCCACACUGGAGAGAAGCCUUACACCUGCCAACAGUGUGGAAAAAGUUUCACCCGAAAAGGAAACCUUGAUUACCACAUGAGAAUUCACACUGGAGACAGCCCUUUCACCUGCCAACGGUGUGGAAAAAGUUUCACCAGAAAAGGAAACCUUAAUUACCACAUGAAAAUUCACACUGGAGAGAAGCCUUUCACCUGCCAAAGGUGUGGAAAAAGUUUCAGCCAAAAAGGAAUCCUUAACAGGCAUAUGAGAAUUCACUCUGGAGAGACGCCUUAUAGAUGCCCUCAAUGUGGGAAGAGUUUUGAUCAACAUGUACACCUUAAAGUCCACAUGAGCAUCCACACUGGAGAGAAGCCUAACACCUGCCAACAGUGUGGAAAGAGUUUCACCCGAAAAAGAAACCUUAAAUAUCACAUGAGAGUUCACACUGGAGACAGCCCUUUCACCUGCCAACAGUGUGGAAAAAGUUUCAACCAAAAAGGAAACCUUAAUUACCACAUGAGAAUUCACACUGGAGAGAAGCCUUUCACCUGCCUACUUUGUGGAAAAAGUUUCAAUCAUAAAGGAAUCCUUAACAGACACAUGAGAAUUCACACUGGAGAGAAGCCUUAUACAUGCCCUCAGUGUGGCAAAAGUUUUUAUCAACAUGUACACCUUAAAGUCCACAUGAGAGUCCACACUGGAGAGAAGCCUUACACCUGCCAACAGUGUGGAAAAAGUUUCACCCGAAACAGAAACCUUAAUUACCACAUGAGAAUUCACACAGAAUGAUUUUACGAUAUUUAUACAUUUACAUUUACAAUACAUUUGGCUAGAAACAUUACACGCAUAAUCUUUCAAUGUCAAUGUCAUCAUGGCGCUUUAACUAGUAGUAACGAGUAAGAAAUGAUCGGUUCACGUGCUGCUUGAACUGUUGCGCUACAGCGAUAUGUUACCAAUUAGUGAAAAAAAUUACAGAAUUUGAAAGUUACAAUUUUGACUAAAUUUAACCAUUUAGUAGACACUUUUAUCCAAGACGACUUAAAAAUGAGGAGAGUAAUAGAAGCAAUCAAAUUAACAAUAGGCCAACAAUAUGCAAGAUGUCCCAGCUAGUCCAGUGCAGCACACGUAGCUAGUAUUUUUUUUCAUAAUAGAUCUGGAAUAGGAAUUGAUUAGUAUCGAGUCAAAUGUUGGAUGCGUCUUUAACAGUUUCUUGAUAAUGGCUAGAGACUCAGCAGCUUGGGUUGAGAUAGGCAGGUCAUUCCACCUGCAGGGAACAGUCCAGGUGAAUGUGAAAUGGAUUUUUUUUUUGCCUCUUUGAGAUGGCACCGCAAGUCACCGUUCACUUGCAGAGCACAAGCUUCUGUAAAGGACCUAGGUCUAGGUGAUGUGUUUAGGUAUAGAGGAGCAGAGCCAGUGGUUGUUCUGUAGGAAAACAACAGUACCUUGAAUUUGAUGCAAGCGGCAAUUGGCAACCAGUGCAAUUUUAUGAGGAGAGGUACGCUCACUUUUGCCCUUUGAAACCCACUCUUGCUGUAGCAUUCUGGAACAAUUGCAGAAGUUUGACAGUACAUGCUGGAAGGCCUGCCAAGAGAGCAUUACAAUAAGUCCUAUCUGCAUAUAACAAGAGCUUGGACAAGGAGUUGUGUAGCAUGCUCUGAUAGGAAGGGUCGUAUUCUCCUAAUUUUGAAUAAGGUAAAUCUAUUGGACGGCCAGUUCUAGAAAUGUGGUCUUUGAAGUUCAACUGAUCGUCGAUCACAACUCCAAGGUUACUGGUCCUCCUGGAUGGAGUUAUGGUUGAUGAACGGAGCUGAAUGGAGAAGUUGUGAUGAAGUGUUGGGUUGGCCGAGACCACAAGCAAUCUUUGCAAGGUUUAGUUGAAUGUCUGUCUGGCUGAGAUGUGAGCAGCAACCAUUGGAUCCUCAGGUUGGAAUGAGAGGUAGAGUUGUGUGUCAUCAGCAUAACAGUGAUAGGACAAAACAGCAACCAAAAACCAUUUCUGAAUGACAGAUCCUAGUGAUGACAUGUAGAUGGAUAGGAGAAGUAGUUCAAGCCCUGAGGCACCCCGUACCUAGAAGUUACGAGUUGAACCACUGUCUUCAGGGUUGGCAGAAGGAUCUGGUGGUUAACUGUGUCAUAAGCAGGAGACAGAUCCAGCAGGAUGAGCAUUGAAGAUUUGGAAGCUGUUCUUGCCAGUCUCAGAACUUAUAAUAACUUAAUAACCGAGAGCAGGGCAGUCUCAGUUGAGUGUCAGCUUUUGGAACCAGACUGGUUGUUGUCAUCCACGAGGUUGUUCUGUGUAAGAAAGGAAGGGAAUUGGUUGAAAAUGACAGAAAAAAGAAGGGAUAAAGUGCUGGAUUUAGGGUGAGUUUCUUAAGCAGUGGGGUUACCCGAGACUGCUAAAAUGCUGUGGGAAAGGUACCAGUGUGAAGAGAGGUGUUGAUGAUAUGAGUGAGUGCAGGUAUAACUAAAGAAGAAAAGGCUUGAAGGAGAUGAGUGGGGAUAGGAUCUAGCGGACAGGUAGUAGGGUGAUUGAAAAGGAUGAGGUUAGUUCUAACAACUAACAGGUUGUUCGGAUCGUGCUGCCUCUUAUGUGAGACGUGAUUUACGAGUGUUAAUAAUAGAAGGGAUUUGGAAGCACAUAGUGAAAACAGGUGACUAAAACGCACAGAUGAUAACAAGCUGUAUAAAAGGAAAGUAAAACAAUACUCUAGAGCCUUGUCAGUGUUUUUGCUAGGUGGAGUCGCUGGUCUUUACACUCUUUGGUGUUUACUGAUCCUCUACUCCUCCACUCGGCCAGGGCUGCUGCGGUAUCCUAAUCGAUUAUAUACUCGACUAAAUAAUGUUGUUAUUGAAUUCAGCUGGCCACGCCUCACUACUGGAGCUGUUUAUAAACGAGAGCAAAUGCGACAAACUACCAAAAGUUACCGUCUCCUGUUGUUUGACUGCUUCUUUAUGUUGAUCACUGUUGGACUCCCUCAGUUUAAAUCAUGUAAACAUUGUUUUUUUAAACACAUAGUUAUGAAUUUUAUUGCAAUGGAUUCUUGACCUAUAUAGCUGCCGUUGCACACUUUGAUGUCAUAUGUAAAUAGUAUGCCAUGUUAUGGAUUUGCAG